AUGACUUGGCGCGUUUCACAAAGGAACAUUACAAGUUUGCCUACUCUACAAUUGAGUUAUGUGACGAAACCGACGAUGAAAUGUCCUAACCCUGACUGUACCUGGUCCGGGGAUGGGGACUUUUGCGAGGAGUGUGGUGAAAAUGUACAUGCAUCACGAACUCCUAUAACAGUUGUGUGUAAUGGAAAGAAACCUAAUGGCAAUAUAUGCGAUGUAGUUCUGGAGAAGGGAAAGAAUUUUUGUAAAGGGUGUGGUACAAGAAUUGAUCAGGCACGUUUUGAAAAACAGGAAGAGCAAGCUAGAGAACCUGAAAUUGAACAAGGUUUUUGUGAGGAGUGUGGCAAAACGAAAGCAAAGGAUCAGAACUGUGAAUUUUGCGAGUCAAAAUCGAGCAAACAAGGACACGCUACAGCCGUAGGUCAAGGCACCGCCAAAGGAACUGAAAUUGAUCGAACCGAGGAAAACGCUUCCGGUAUCAAAAGUUCCGAAUCAAAACAUGACACCAACAACAGCAGGGAUGCGUUGGAAAAUGUAGAGAGUACUUCUUCAAAAAAAAUGACAAGACAGAAUCCUGACUAUAGCGAAAACAAUUCUCGAACACAACAACAAACACGCACAAGGAAACAGCAACAACUUGAACAAACUCGUUUUAAAGAAACAGAACAAACCAAAUCUGGAGCGAAGUCCAAUAAAACCAAGUUUGAUGAAAAAGAGCGAACCGAAUCUGGAGCGAAUUCCAAUAAAACCAAGUUUGAAGAAAAAGAGAGAACCAAAUCUGAAGCGAAUUCCAAAAAAAACAAGUUUGAAGAAAAAGAGCGAACCGAAUCUGGAGCGAAUUCCAAAACACAAAAGUUUGAAGAAAAAGAGAAAACCAAAUCUGGAGCGAAUUCCAACUCAUCAAAGUUUGAAGAAAAUGCCAAAACAAAAAAGAAAGCAACAACGACGGAAAGGCUCCCUGCUUCACCUCCUAAAAAUGCGAUCCGUGUGGUUUUCCAUGUUCUGGUAGCUAAAGACUUCCUGCAAAACGAAAACAACCGAGUUGUUCUUGUUACGGACAAUAAUUGGAAUGACUUUUCGCGUGAAACGACUAAAAUCAAAGAUCAUGACGAUUGCAUAGAGUAUCAGUAUACAAUAGAUAUAAAAAAGGAAAACAUCUAUGAGCACUACGCAAAAGAAUAUAAAUAUUGUGUCCUCGAUUCCACCGGUAAAGAGAGCUGGGAGAAUUAUAAAAGUUGGCCGCAUAAUAACCGUUCAUUACACCUUUAUGAACAAAAGAGAGCAAGCAAAAGUAUAUGGAACCAAUACGAUGGAGUAUCGAUUGGGUAUAGGGAACGAUCAACGAUGAAUUUGGUCGGUAAAUUUCGUGAUUACUUUUACGUUGAUCACGAUAAAGAAUGCAAAGAGAAUGCAAUCAAAAGUGCAAGGAUAUUCUGCCCACGUUGGUUUCGAUUUGAGCAAGAUGGCUCUGAUACGACAAAUGCGGACAAGAGUAUACAGGAGUCCCUUGAGUGUAUGCAAAGUCUGUAUACGGGGUUGGACAGAGUAUAUCGAAUAGAUGCCCAAUGUUGCAAGAGCAAAGCAGAAUUCAUUGAAAUGUUAAGCCAGCCUUUCAUUGAAAGAACGCUAACAUCAUUGAUGAAAGCAACACAAUCGACGCAGAAUUAUAACCAUAGUCUUACAAAGAUCAUCGCAGUUGGUUUGUUAUGCAAACAAAUGGACAUCAAGCUAUCGCAAAGAAAUUGGCAAUGUUUCUGCAAAUUGUGUUCUCUUUCCACAAGCAAGGACAUGACAUGUCCGUGUGAAUUGCAAACAGUGAGAAAAACAUUCAAAGAUAGUACAAUUAAACAAGCUGUUCUCCACGUCAUCUCUAAUGGUGAAGCGAAAUGGAAGGAUCCUUCUUGGCUGUAUUGCCUGCCUUUAUUGCAUUUCACAUCGGACCUUGUACGCCCAUAUGAUAAAUGUAAAUUUGAUCUGUCGUAUGCGGAUGCUGUGCCGACAUGGUGGGGAAUUGAGGACAUUUCAAAAUUCGUUGAAGCUUUCAAGAAGUGUAAGAAGGAUUGGGCAAUAACCCCAGUGGAAAUGUACAAGAACCUUCAAAUAUGGAUGCAGAUGGACUUUUAUCUUCCUAGAAGCUUUGUGGCGUGUUUGUCUGCAAAAGAACUACUGGAAGUUCUGAAAAAGAUUAACAUUCCACUUGAUGUGUGUGUUGCCUCACUGCGUUUUUGGGUUGACACAACAAACCCAUGCUACAAAGACAAGUUUGUAUACAUAGCUCAAGGAGAUGAACAGAUUGUUAUUCAGUGUUUGGAAACAUUUCUGAUCAGGCUGAAAUCUUCUGAAAGAAAUGAGUCAUCGGAACAAAGGGCAAUGGCGUUCAAAAUUGCCCAACAAAUGUUUCAAAUAACCACACAAACCGGUGUGUUUUUGAAGGUUAUUCACUCGUCUCAUAUUCUCAUCACUGUGGCAAGACAUCAAGUCCAAACUGAACAGGACAUAAAGUUUACAGAAAUAGCUGCCGGGAAGAUUGUGAAUUGGUUGAAAAAUCGUUGCAUCAAAGAAGAUAGAUGGCAAUAUUACAUGGACGAUUACAUGAAGUAUUGGAACGCAGCCUUUAUCUCAAGCCCAACAAAGGAGUCAGUUGAAGAAACUUGGAAUUCAUUAUUAGCAAACUCUCUGUUUUCAACACUGAAGGAAAGGUUCCGAACGUCUGAAGAAUUGACAAAGUCUUUCGUGACAUUAUAUUGCAAACAAUUAGAAAAAUUCAACACACCUCUACAAGAAUGCUUGUCUUCAUUGGCGGCUGAGGCUAUCAGUGCGGCGUAUACAGUACAAUACAGCCACUUCCAUUCAAACGAAAGAAAACGUUUUGGUGAUCUUUUAUCGACUUUGUUUGAAGACGAAUACGUCAAACGAAUCAGAGAGGAUUCAGAUCAACAGCACGUAGAUAUCAUGCAAAUGAUUUUGGAAUGGGAGCCGAUGAAAGUUUAUCUGCGAAGUGAUGGUGCCAAUAAAGCAAUGAUAUCAGAGACCUGCAGAGAUAAAAUCGAACUGAUGGCAGUGGUAGUGGAAAGCCAAUGGAAUGCACUAGUUUCUGGUCAAGUCGAAGUCCAGAUUUUGAAACUGAUUAACAAAAACCUAGCUUCAUUUACGAAUGCAAUCACUUCUCUGGUGCCAGAAAAUCGCGAAUUGGCGCAACAAGCAAAUUUGGUCAUAAGAGCUAGGAUGAAGGAACUUCAUGCUGUGGAAACACUUUCUAAACAGAUGAUUACAUUUCAAAACAUGUGCCAGUUUCUUCGAAACGUUGAUUUGCAAUCGAUAAUUGAAGGUAUACAGUCAACAACAGAAGAAACGUUAGAAAACCAGCCUUUAGCAAAACUUUGUGUUCCAAUAAAAGUUGAGUCAAAUUUUAUGUUGGAUAAAUUUGAGCCAGAGCUGUUGACAUUUUGUGAGCACACAGAUGUUCUCCAAGUCAUUGGACAACUGAACACAAUUCAUUCAAGUUGUGUUUUUGACAAAUAUUGGAUUGACACAUGUCAUGGACUUGACUUGAAUACUUGCAAGAGUGCGAAAGACGUUGUGGAGUUCGUUUGGGUACCGGUGAAGGAAAGAUUCGACGAGUUUGUAAACGAUCUGAAAAGUGGAGAUAUUAAAAUGAGGACUGUUGAAAGGAUGAUUGGCAAAAAGUACGGCGAUGAUUUUGAGGGGAUUCAGAAAGAGAUGGAACGGUUUGAACUUCCGCAAAACAUUAUACUCGUUCGCUUAAAUCAACUUCAACAGAACAGACGACUUGAACUGUGUGUUCGCGGUGCUGAAGCAUUACUUCAGCUGAAAAAACGCUACGACCUUCAAGGCAACUUUCAACCAAUUGAAACCAUAAAACAGCAUUCUGAGAGCGAUAUAGAAAUGAAUAAAUUCGAUGAAUCUGUUAUGAACACAUGCGAUGUCUUAGUACGAAUGACUGACAACGAAGUUGCGUGCAUUGACGCAUUGGUGAAAAGCAAACCUCUGGUUUCCUGGUUAAAAGAAUCAAUGCAAGAAGGCGGGCAAAAGGAAUUGAAAGUUUUCAUAGAUCUUGCCAUGAUGUCAGCUGGAGAGAAGCCAAUGGAUAUUCGUAAAGUCCAAUGCCUGCAUUCUGCAGUGAUGGGAUAUUCGCCUUUGAUAUUUGACCUUCGAAGCAGCGAUGGGUAUGAAGAAGUUCUGCAAAAAUGUGAACAUGUGUGGAACUAUACGGAUACCAAUCCGAACUUACCGCAACAGCUUGUUGACACAAACAGGCAUCUCAGCUGGCUCAAGGAGAUCAAGAUGGCACACGGCUCUGUAGAAGUAUCAUCCUUGAUGCAGACAGAUCUAAUCAAUACAAAGGGCACAAUAUACAUUGGUAAAAAAAAUCGAGGAGCCAAAUCAGAGGCUGAUACAAAUUUGGAAAUUAAACAUAUAUUGAUGUUGUGCGUUCCAAAACUGGAAAGCCAAGAAAUCCAGGAAUAUACGUAUGAUGACAUUCAGGAACUACAGAGUAAACUGAUGCUUGUAGUCGGAAAAGCAGACUCCGGAAAUACUAGUGUGCAGAGAUUUACAAUGAUAUUUGAGAAUGUCAUUCGUCUCUGCAAAGUCUACAUAGACUUGUGUACCUCUGGCUGUGUGAUGUUUAAUGAUUGGAGCGUUGAAUUCCUUUGUACUCCAGACCUAUCGAAACCAGUAUGCGCCACAGUGCAGUUUGGAGACACUGAUGAAUCGCUGAGAUUAAAGGGCAUGAAAUCCACGGAAGAAAACUUGCCAGAAAUGAUCCAGGCGAUUGCUAGAUAUCUCGAAAGGUGUUUGAAAGAGUGGUUGCGUCAUAUUCAAGAAAAAAGACAAGAGCAUCUUUCCCUGAACUACUUUACUACUGAUCAACUCGUCAUUUUGCAAAAAGAGUUAGUGAAACUGGAAAUGGAGGAGGAACCAAUCAAAUACGUGUAUCCUAUGUUGUCUGUUGUUAAACAUAACUGCACGCAAGAGGAUGUACAGGGCGCAUUGGAAGAAGCAAAACGGGAAGUGGACAUACAGUCUGUAAAAUUGCGAUUAGAAAAAGACAAUAUCCGAAGACCAACUGAACCUGUAAAAGUGGAAAUCGAACAGCAGCGAGAAGAAUUUAUUGAUAUGCUGGUUGAAAAUUGCAUUGCCCGUGAUAUAGCCGAGCGGUCCCUUGAUCACGUUGAACUCGACGAGGUGGAAAACCUUGACAUUUCAAACGCUUUGGUUUGGUGCAUGGACGAAAGUGAAAGAGUGGAAUCAGUCGGUGAUCAGGAUGCUUUCACAGCUUCCGGUCCACUUGCAGACUCAAGUGCUACAAUUCUCUCAGUAAUCCAAUCUAAAUUGAAAGGUCUUGUACGAAAAACUGAAACCGGUACAACUCCACUGAUCAUGAGUUUAGAGGAAAUCUGGACGAACUUUACAGAAUCAGUUUCUUCGAGCAUAAGAGACUACCUUAGUUUGGAGCAUCUUGGUAUACUUUUGCAAAAAUUGGAGAAAAUGGACAAUAGAUGCAUUAGACGAACAUUUCCCCCGUAUCUAAAAGAAGGCGAACCUAACCUUAUAGUUUGCCCACAAGACGAAAUUCUGCAGACCAUACUAUCUCUGUACCAGUAUGACGCAGAACAACCUCUCCCACAGUCUGAUGAGGUCCUUUUGUGCCGUUCAAACACCAGCAAAGAUGAUGUGGAUGUGUUUCUACGACGUGUUUUUUUGAAUGAGAGCAGUAGAAUUCAUUGUUUGGCAAAAGUUGAUAACCUGAAAUAUGACGUCAGUGAGCACACAGAAAUAAUGACAGAAAAAUACAUGCAUGAAUGCAGUUUAACCGAAGGUCAAGCCUUUUUCAAACUGGUUGUUAUUUGCGGUUCGGAAAACGAAUGCCGGUCAAAUCUCGUGUCAUCAUUGGACAAAUACAAACGUACUCGCACGGCGCUGAAGCAGAAGGACCUGCAGGGAUACUUAUUUAGCAAAAUGGUGCAUAUGACUGAUCCCGAAGACAUUGUUGAACCAGCAGCAGCUGUUGAUCACGAAAGGUUGACGGUUCGCGUAGUCCGCUCCACAAGGGCGGGAGUUGGUAAAACUCUUUAUGUACAGCGGAAAGAGGAAAAGCUGACUGCAUGUCCUCGUGGUGCAAAAUCUGUUUGUAAAAGAGUUACUAUACCGCUUCAAACAAAGAACGUAGAUAUGUGGCAUGUUACAGACAGGCUUUUGAAAUACAUCGAACUACCUUCUAUCAAUUGUACAAACCUUUAUCACAUCGACGUGUAUCAUGAGGUGCAAGAAGGGAUCGACGAUCUUCUGUUCAAUUUAGUGGUAUUAAACUGCCUUACAAACAGAACAGGAUAUGUCUGGCGACGAUCGAUGCGAGAUUUGUAUAUAAUAGAGACUAUGCCAACUCUCGUAUACUCACCAGGCGCAAGUCAGCAGGAACCAAAAACGCAUAGUCGACAGGAAAUGUUCCGCAUCAUGCCCGAGGUGAGAUGUCGAUCUCCACAGGAAAGCCUUGCAAUACUUUCGGGAAAGAAUCAGGAAGAUUUAAGGACAUCUGACCAAACAUUUGAUGAAAAGGAAUUCUUGUCGGAUGUGUACCAACGUCCAUUCCAUUUUCUGCUGAACUUGGAAGUAGGCAAACAAAUUUCAGUCGGAGGCGGCAAAUCAAUUUUAUCUGGUACACCUACAGCUACAAAGGAAGAAAUGCGUCACUGUCUAGAUAUACUGCUGAGAUAUUGUGGUGUGCAAGAUCCAUCAUGGUCGGAACUACAAAACUUUGUGUGGUUCUUGAACAGACAACUUGCAGAUUUGGAGGAAAAUGUGUUUGUAACAGCGGAGGAAGAUUUGCCAGGAAUAUGCCGCUUUGUUUUGGAGUUUAUGAUUCAAAUGUCAAGGGAUUUCUCCACGAGUUCAAUUGAAAUAAGUGAACAAACUCCUGACGUAAAUGCAGAAAGUACUGUCGAAUCAGACAAUGAUGUUGACAUUAAGAUGUUUAAGCUUAGACGAACAUGGGAAACAAGUCCUCAUCCAUACAUUUUUUUCAACUCGGACAAGAUGACAUUUACUUUUCUCGGCUUUCUUCUUGAUCGGAAAACGGGAAAUCUCAAAGAUAUACAGACAGGAGAAGUCUUAAAACAAUCCAUCGUAACACCAAACCUGUAUGACGGACUGGCCAGAAAUGGGGUACAAGUGCAGGACCAGUUUGAUAAGUUGGGCAGGUCAGACAAACUCCUACGGUUGUGCAAGGUGAUGGGCGUGUCAGUACCGACAGAAAAACAGGGCAAAAGGGAUGUAGAAGUGCCUGUUGAUCCCGAUAGCACGUAUGAGUUGACAACCGACAACGUGAAAAAAAUGCUUGCAAUCUAUAUGAGAUUUAGGUGCGAUAUUCCUGUAAUUGUAAUGGGUGAAACUGGCUGUGGAAAAACUAGACUGGUGAAGUUCUUGUGUGCAUUACAAUGUCCACACGAUGCAAAUGCUGAAAAUAUGAUCAUAAUGAAGAUUCAUGGUGGCACAACAGUUGACGAUAUAUCGAAGAAAGUGUUGUAUGCCGAGCGGAAGUCAAUUGAAAACGCAAACAAGUUUGGCAAAGAUGUUUACACUGUUCUGUUUUUCGACGAAGCAAACACAACAGAAGCAAUUGGGGUUAUAAAGGAAAUUAUAUGCGACAGAUCUGUGGACGGAAGACAAUUGACAAACUGCCCAAACUUGAAAUUUGUUGCUGCAUGCAAUCCGUACAGAAGACAUCCCGAAGAACUUAUUAAAAAGCUGGAAAACGCAGGCCUGGGAUAUCAUGUUGAUGCAGAGAAAACAAACGAUAGACUUGGAAAGAUACCUAUGCGUAGACUUGUAUACCGUGUGCAACCUCUUUCCCGCAGCCUUCUGCCCUUUGUUUGGGACUUUGGUCAACUAAAUACUGAGGUUGAAGUAAUGUACAUUCGUCAGAUGGUGAUACGUUACAUUCAGGGAAAGGGACUCGACAACUCUGAUAACCUCACCGUUGCAAUUAGUGAAAUACUCUCAGAAUCCCAGGAAUUUAUGAGAAAGCAGAAGGAUGAAUGUAGCUUUGUAUCGCUUCGAGACGUCGAAAGGUCUUUGAUUGUUAUGUUAUGGUUUUACAAAACUGGAAAAAAGACGCUGUUUCCUGCAAUGAAUGAACUUCUUGGCGACAAACACAAAUCUCCUGAUGACAUCUCUAGAUCUCUUAUUCUGGCUCUAGGAGUUUGCUACCAUGCCUGUUUGUCAGAACGAUCUUCAUACAGAACUGCAAUCGCGAGCAAGUUCAAAACACCAUUAAAUACCAUACCAGACGAAAAGUAUUUCCUGCAAGAGAUUGAUGCGUGCCAGUCUGUUUUCCUGAACAACGUAGAUCUUGCUCAAAACAUAGCGAGAAACGCUGCCUUGAAAGAGAAUGUGUUUAUGAUGGUUGUUUGCGUCGAGCUACGGAUCCCUUUGUUUCUUGUUGGCAAGCCAGGAAGUUCAAAGUCUUUAGCAAAAACAAUUGUUGACGAUGCCAUGCAGGGUCCAAAUGCGGCAUAUGACCUGUACAAGGAACUGAAACAAGUACAAAUCAUGUCAUACCAGUGCAGUCCUCUGUCAACUGCAGAGGGUAUUGUUGGAACAUUUAAGCAGUGUGCUGGACUACAGAAGAACAAGAACUUGGAGCAAUUUGUUUCUGUGGUGGUUUUGGAUGAAGUUGGUCUCGCUGAAGACAGUCCUAAAAUGCCAUUGAAGACUCUUCAUCCGUUACUUGAAGAUGGAUGUGACGAUGACAGCAAUCCUUCACCGGAGAAAAAGGUGUCGUUCAUUGGAAUAUCAAACUGGGCUCUCGAUCCAGCAAAAAUGAACAGAGGGAUCCUGGUUCAAAGAGCAGUACCUGAUAUAAAGGAAUUGAAAAUAAGUGCACAAGGAAUUUGUGACACUACUGAAGAAUUGAAACAUUUAAUGAACCACGUUAUUGGACCACUAGCAGAUUCCUACCUUGAAGUGUUUAAACUUGCCUCGAAAGAACGGCGGGAAUUCUUUGGCCUCCGGGAUUUUUACAGCCUGAUGAAGAUGGUGUACUGUUUUGUCAAACGUAAAAAGGAAAAACCUACGUGGCCACAAAUUCUCUAUGCGAUAAAACGGAAUUUUGGUGGACUUGACAGCGUGGAUCCUGUUCAUACAUUCAAAGACAAUUUGAGAGCAGUGGUUUCAACUGAGGAACACCCAGACGAAAUCGAUACGUCGCCAUCAGGCCUCAUCCAGGCUUGUCUGUUCGAUAUUCACAACAUGAAUAUAGAAAGUAGAUAUCUUCUGCUCCUGACUGAAAAUUACGGAGCACUGACAAUUAUCCAACAGCAGAUAUUUUCUGGACCACAUGAACAGAAUUUACCGGAAACGAUUUUCGGAAGCAGUUUCCGCAGUGACCAAGAGUACACCCAGAUUUGCCGAAAUAUCAACAGAAUUAAAGUCUGUAUGGAAACAGGCCAAACAGUUAUUCUUUUAAAUUUGGAAAAUCUUUAUGAAAGCCUGUAUGAUGCUCUAAACCAAUACUACGUGAAGUUUGGAGGUGAACGAUUCGUUGACCUCGGCCUUGGAACGCACAGGGUAAAAUGUCCUGUCCACAGAGACUUCAGACUUAUUGUUGUAGCUGAAACUAAAACUGUUUAUGAACACUUCCCGAUACCACUCAUCAACCGCUUGGAGAAACAUUUUCUGAACAUAGACACCAUGUUGAAUGAUGAGCACAGAGACCUUGUCAAAGAGCUAAGAGCGUGGUCAAUUGAGUUCACGAAACCGAGACAAAGACAUAUGAGAGGGAAGCAGACGUUGGAGGAUGUGUUUGUGGGCUAUCACGACGACACAUUUGCUGCGAUCGUCUUGUUUUUGUGGGACAAGUUCGCUACUGAAAUCCCUCAAAAGCUCUUGGAAGAAGGCAAAAAAAUAUUGAUGUGGUGUGCUACACCAGAGGCGAUGAUUGCGCGUGACGAUGAUUCCCUUAUGGAUAUAUACAGUACAGAGCAACAGCAUGAAAGUUUAGAAGACUUUUUGAACGUGAACAUAACACAAAACAAACAGAAUCAGCGUAGAUCAUUUACGCAGGUUACAACGCAUUCUAAACUGAUGGCUGGGGUACAUAAAACUAUGUUAAGCACUGCAACAGAUAUAUCCCAGAACAAUACAUUGUUGCUGGAGUCGCUUACGUCGUUUGAUACAGAACAGGAGUUUACAACAAAAUUGAAACAACACGUAGAUCAACUUGAAAAGAACACACCGAGCUUACUCGUUGUUCAAUGCGAAUCUGGUGACAAGAAUGCAAACCUGAUUGCCUGUGCAAGAUAUUGUAUUAUGGCCGAAGUGAAACAUUGCACAGACAUUCAUGUUGUGUUCAUAGUUCAGCUUCCAAGAAAAGCUGGUGGAUCUUUUAAAGGAUUCCAGUGCGGGGUCUGGCGAUCGGUGCAUAUAGAUGAAAUACAUAGUGACGAGGAAAGUACACCGCAUAUACGUGAUCUAAAGGGAAAGGCAUUGAGUGAAGUUUUCAGCUACACGGCAGUUGAAAUCCAAGAGAAGCCAACAACCGUACACAGCAAUCAAGCAGAUGGAGACACAUCAGACACAGAUGAUAGUGGUGAUGAAGCAGAGACAGAGAGAAAAACUACUGACAUUGAUGAUGAAGAAGAUGCUACUGCUAAGAAAGAAACUACUGAUAGACUUGAUACGUCACAGAAUACAAUCGAGGGUCUCAUUGUUUCUUGCGUUCAGUUAGCAUUAUCCCACGUGAAAGAUGUAAAAGAAAAUCGUCAUCGAGAAACAGAGAGAAUCGAUAUUGUACUGAAAUGCUUACAGAGGGACAAGAACCUGGACAAUGACAAAGUCUCGUUUGUACGUGGAAUUCAAGCAUGCCUUGCAAAACUAUUGAGGGAAAAGGAAAACGAUGUUCAGGGUCAAAUAGAAGCGAGAAACUGGCUAAAUGCUGAAGCAAGUGCAUCAGAGGAAAUUGCAAAAGCUGGGACAUUCCGUCGCUCUUGCGUGAGAACAAUCAUGUCAAAAGUGUCACCUAUUCUUGCUGGAUUGAUUGGAUACAUUGAUACGAACAAACAGUUGGAUAUAUUGUAUGAUGGAGAGGAAUGGAAACGGGGGUUAUUUUUACAGUUUUUGAAUACCCCAGAUGUUCUACGAUUGCAGUAUUCCGAUUUGAGAUCGCCUACAGGAAGGGAAGUUCAAGAUGUCAUCGUCCAAAGGACGGGGUGUGAUGGACAUAUCUUUGAUGCUGAGUUUCCGUUCUCUUGGAGUAUUAUAGACUUUGUGAAUGAAAUCAUGGGUGGAUCAGCUGAACAGCUGUCGGUUUAUGCAAACAUCAUGCGAAAUAGUUCAGUUGGAAAAGUGUUAGAUGGUCUACAAGGUGAUGGAGUGGCAAUGAUUCGUCAAAACGGUAUUUCCGGAAAGGUUUUGGAGUCCUAUAUCCAUGACUUUGUUCAUACAGUUUAUCGAGUCGAACGCGAAACGGAACUGAAGGUUGUCUCAAAAUACCUUCAAGAACGGGCGUCUUCAGUUCUGAAAAUGAGCCAAAGCGAUGAUGAGAAGGACAUACAUUUAGCCAUAGUGUGUAUCCAUUUUGCUUAUUUGGAUGACAAAGAUGCACUAUUCGAAUUCCGCUUCUUGAACACAGUUUGGAAAGAUUGUUGCACAGCUAUUAUUGACAUUCCAACUACGUAUGAAAAAGGAGGAUACUUGGCAAACGGAUUAGCGAAGCUUCUUCAUACAAUAAAACCACAAAAGUCUGAUUUGACGGAUCGGGUUGCAAUGAUAACCUGGCUUCACAAGGUUCAGUCAUGUCGACCUGCUGUUGAGAACGUUCUUUCAUUUCUCACCAAAACUGAUGAAAAACCAACGGAAAUAGAAGAUACCAUCACAGUUGCAAAGUCAAUUUGGUGUCGAAUAUCAGUUAUGAAGCUGUUUAUUGAACAUGUCUGUAUCUCUGAAGAUGAUACCAAAGCAACAGUCAAACAGUGUUCGCCCCUUUGGAACAAACUGGAAAAGGGAAAUAUAUCUUCAUUUAAAGAAAUUACCGGUCUUGAGUCGAUCGAAACCUUCCUCAAAUUCUGCAGCAAAAUCGCAGGAAAAAUAUAUUUGGUGGACGAAAUGGCAUGCUGCAUUUGUGGCACAAAUAUAGAAGGACCUCCAGUUACGUUGCCAUGCAAACAUUUGCUCUGCAAUGGGUGUUAUAACGAAAAGAUUGCCUUGCCGCAGGCAAAACAAUGUGUCGACUGCCAAGAAGUAAUUCCAGACACCUGGAGUCCGGAACAGUCUCAAGAAAAUUGGGCAGCCAUUCAACGAUUAGGCUACUAUCAACGGAGAUGCAACUCGUUCUUUAUGAAUAUAGUUUCACAGUUAUGUUUUGCGGAUAACACUGCACCAAGCAAAGCGGUUAUUUCAAAAUUGCUUGGUUAUAUAACUUUUGUUUCUAAGGAAGGGAAACGAUUUACAAAAAACAUGAACAUCUUCAAUACUGGCGUAGACCUGAAUCCAGUUUUCCGAUCUUACCUGUUGCAGCUGAUGAUAAAAACAAGUGAGUCGCACGUCACUGGUGAACUGAAGGAAUAUUUCGACAACGCAGGAAAGACGAUCGGUGAGCAAGAAGAGGCCAGGACGUACAUGACCAAUUUGUGCUUACUAGUUAUUCACUGUUUAGAGGAUGCUUUGAUGUUGGAUAUGCUUUCGAAACAGAAGCAGGAAGGUGUGGCUGUGUGUUGUCAAAUCGCAAAACAGAUAUUUGCUGAUGCCAUAGAAACAUUGAAUGGCCCUGGAAUUUCUUUGGAAAAAGUGAAAGUUAUUGCCAACAUAAGGGCAGCUUUAACUUUUACAGCACAGUGUCUCGAACGGAAUGCUCAAUCUACGGAAGAAGUUGUUGAUGUCAAUGAAGUCACUUUGCUGCGAGAAGCCAACACGUUUUGCAGAAAUUGCUCUACAUUGCCUAAGCGCUUUUUAGUGAAGUACAUUUGCCGAAAAUACGGAUGUGCGACAUACCAAAGUCUGUGCGAUAGUACUGCGGAAGCAUUAAACUGGGUGGACAUGCAUUUUCAACAGGGAGACAGACAGAUAUCUGGUUAUUGGUGAUAUGUACAUUCAAAUGCGGACUGUAAUAUUGCAUGCACUUCGAACGGGAAAGGUCGAUGCAGGAGCUGACAUUUUCAAGGAUAUGCAGGGUACUGCUCAGCAGCUUUGUUUCUUGCUCAGUUUCUGCAAAGCAGCCUUUGUGGACAUCGAUGAAGAGGAGAAUGAGCAAAAACUGGAG